AUGCCUGAAGACAAGUCCAUCAAGCGCCGCACAGGCAAGGAGCGCGUUCGAGUGACGCGCGCAUGCGACAUAUGCAAGAGAAGAAAACUUCGAUGCUCAGGGACAUUACCUUGCUCUCUGUGCUUUCGCUCAGGAAUUGAGUGUCAGUACAACGCGGGCUAUAAAAGAGGGAAAAUUCCUAGCAUCCCCGUCAUGGACCGAGAAGAGAUCCUAGGCUCCCCACAAAAGCCGACAGAAGAGAAGCCAGAGAACUACCAGUUGUCUCCAGUGGACACUCUGAUUCUGCGGACAGAGCAGCACAUUCAAGCUACCCCAACUGCUCAAUCCAAUGUCCAAGACAGUGAUUGCUUUUCAAAAGGCACCCCGCUAUCUGGGACCCCUGGUUCAACAUCGCUAUUACAAGAGCGCGUUUCAAUUAAGGACAGAGUUCAAGCCUCCUCCGGAAUAUUACAGAAUGAACAACAUGUUAUUCCAUCUAAAAUUCACCAAGAGGCAGACGAAAUUGACCUGGAAGGACAUUAUGUCGGGCCGUCUUCUGGGGUGGCCUUCUUGCUUCGAGUGCAAAAAAGACUACAUGAAAACCUUAGAUUUUCACCAUCAGAGCCGAUCUUUAAUUUUGGCGACGCUCCAUUCCCGAAUUGCGAUCCACAGUUUCUAGUGCUUCCGCCGAUUGAUGAAGCUCUUAUUCUGGUCAAUAGAUAUUUUGAGUUUUCAUUCCCUACUCAUCGCUUCCUGCACCAGGCGACUGUGGAACAAUGGGUUCAUUCAUUCUACUCGGGAAUCCAGGGAGUAAAUGAGAAUGUCAGCAGAGCAAUCAAGGCAUUGAUAUUGAUGGUCAUAGCCCAAGGGAAGCAGAAUUCUUCUGGCAUGGAAACGACGGCUGGUCAAUCAGUCAACAGUAAUGCUUAUUUCGCGGCCGCGGAGAACCAUUUAUCACAAGAAAAGGGACCCGUCAAACUCUCAAGCAUACAGGCCCGCUUAGCCCAGUGCUUUUAUCUCCUCUCAGAAUCACGAAUGAACCACUGCUGGAGUCUUUUCGGAACAACGGCUCGUCUUGCGCAUGCAAUUGGAUUAAAUAGACGAAAGAGACGGGAGAUGAUAACAGACUACGUGGAAGAGGAAAGCAGAAAGAGAGUGUUUUGGUGCGCCUACGUUCUAGACAACUACAUGAGUGCAGCUCUCGGCCGGCCAAAGGUUUUCCAUGAUGAAGAUAUUGAUCAGGAGCUUCCAGCGUGUGCGAACGACUCCCAGAUAUUACAACAUACUAUUCUUCCGUCUCAUUCACCAAGACAAAGUCUGAUGCUAGCCUCAAUAUACCAUGCAAAGCUGUCUCGUUUAAUUAGUGGUAUUCUGCGCGACCUCUAUGGAAUCCAGCAAAAGCCCCUCGUCUUACAGGCAGAACUUGCGCAAAAGUAUGAAACUGAACUAGCUGAAUGGAGAGCAGGAAUUGCUACCUUUCUCGAUACAUCCAAUGUCGAGCUGCUUCAAAUAACUUUCCAAAGGCAGUUCAGUGUUUUGUAUCUGGCAUUUGAGCACGCUAAAAUUCUUCUCUACCGACCCUUUCUCCUUCGAAAUUUAGCAUCUUUGGGAAGAGAAAGAAGUGCUGCUCAUUCAAAUCUCCAGGAGGUGAUUGCCAGAUUUGUGACAACUUGCGUCGAGGCUGCUAUCAAGACAGCCGAGAUGUUCAAAGAUCUAUGUCGAACUAGGCGAAUGUAUAAAUCAUUCUGGUUCACACACUACAAUGUUUUUUGUGCCAUCGUAGUGUUGUAUGUACACGUCAUUCAGAGCUGGUCAGAACCAGAUAACGAAUACAAACAUUAUCUCACAAUCGGAGAAGAGGCCCAGCUUGAACUUGCGAAAUGUGGAUCCCAAACAUCCUUUGCUCAGCGCUAUGUCGUUGUGCUAGAGGAACUCCGAAAAGAGGCACGCAAGAUCACAAGUCAUUAUACGGGCCAGCGCGAAUUAUUGAGCAUAACCCCGAGUGAAGAGGUCGCCGAAGCCGCCAUUCGACAACACGCUGAAGGAGAAACACUUCAGCACGCACACGGUCAAGAGCAUCAAGACCUCGACGGUUGGCUUUCCGAGAUGGCCCAAGAUACCAGCCCAGCAUCCUAUCUUGCGGACAUUACUGGUUGGGGGGGAUUUUGA